AUGUCCAACGACAAGCAAGAGACACCGGCUCCAGAGCAACAGGCACCAAUGCGGGUGGACACGCUGGAUCAAGGGAAAGUUAAGCUCCCAGAUUUCGUUGAGGAACAUACCGACCUAUGGUUCUGGCAAGUCGGGGCGGCAUUUGAAGCGGCAGGUAUCGUGUCCGACAAAAGCCGAUACUAUACCAUAAUUGAACAACUGCCUACGCGCGUUAUGUACAAACUAGCUGAUUUCCGUACGAAUCCACGAGCACGCAACAAAAUGUACGAAAACCUCAAGGCUCGAAUCAUUGACCAAUUUGCCGAUAGCACACAAACCAAACUAACGAAAUUCCUCAGGGACUUAUCACUCGGUGAUCGCAAACAGUCACAGUUGUUAGCCGAAAUGCGGACAAGGGACUCAGCUACACCGGUUACAGACGAGCUCCUAAAGCAGUUAUGGCUCCGGAAUCUGCCUGAAUAA